CCUGCCGUUUCACUCUCUACUUUGUAUGUCUCUGGCUGGUCUUUCAGAUCUAUUCCUCUUUACCCAGUUACUGAUUUGGUCUGUUGUUUGAGGACUACUAUAAUACAGAAGUUGUGGGACUGCUUCAUUUACAGCUUUCCUCCACCUCCUUCACCUGCUUUCAUCUCACCCAUCACAGCCCAUGACAGCAGAUCAGCCAACAUGGCAUUUUCAUCUCGUUUUUCGUUCUGGGAACAAAAGAUUAAAGAAGAGAACAAGCCAGCAAACAAAAGUUCAGACAGUGAUGGGAUUCCCGGCCGAGCCAAGUCAGUACCAGCUCUAGAUCCUGGCAGGGGUUUAUUGAGGGCAAAAAGUCCUACUGCAGAGUCAGUUGCCAGGAUCAGGAGUCCUUCCCCACCAAAAGUCAGGACACCCAUAAAAGUCCAAGGGCACUUCAAAAGUCCUGAGCCACCAUCAACGACGGCAGCACAACUUAAAAGUCCUGAACCUCCACAAAUUCCUCGGAAGCUUGAACCAGAUUUGAGUGAGCAAGAACAAAAUGGCGUGGUGGGAAAAAGCACAGUCAAUGGUACUGCCAAUGGUAUCAUCAGCCUUCCAGGCACCAGCACCAACCAAAUGGCUACCACUGAUGACCAGGGUUACACACGUAAGAAAGUAGUAAAGGUUGUUCGUCGUGUUGUCAGGAAGGUUUUACCCUCAGAAGAUGAGAUCAAUGUACCAGCAAAGAAAUCUGACAAAGUUACAGAAGUAGGCAAGCCUGCUACUGACACAAUCAAAGUAGCAGCAGCAGCAACCUCAGUGUCCCAAACCCAAGUGAUGCCAGGAUUCUCGUUUAAACAUGAUGUCAUUAAAACAGAAGACAAAGAUGAUAUUUCAAGAGGCUUAACAAGCCUUAUGGUCAGAGGCAGAACAAGGGAGCGCUUUCCAAGAAUAUUUCAGGAUAACCGACCAGAAAAAAUGGAGUUAGACAAGAUAAGUGAGAAGAUGGAUGAAAAACUUGACUUGAAGGAGACAACAAAGGAGCAGAAUGAAGUUAAAGCCAAGCCAGAGUUGCAGGAUGUUAAACACAAAUCCAGCAGCUCUUCUCCAGUUACAAAGGAAACAACAUCUUCUCUGGUUUCUGUUAACCCUGCUAACAAAGCAACUGUGGGCUCAGCUUCAGAUUCUUCCAAAUCUCCUCAUUCCCGGCCUUUAUCUUUCACACCAGUUAUGGGCUUCAUCCCAGCUCCUGACUUUAUACCUGAACCCCAAUCAUGUUUCACUGCAUCAACUUCUGUGAACCCUAAUCCUCCCCAGCCCAGUGUUGGUCCACUGUCUUCUACACCUAUAGGAAUUGUUUCUAUCCAGAAACCUACUGUUAGUCAAAAAGAGGAGGCACCGGUCAGUCCAACUGAGGAAGCUCAGCGACGCCUGAUGAAGAUCUUUGGCGUCCCUCUGGAGCCAGCAGUCAGUGUUUCAUCUUCUGUUGAGGCGCUCGUGUCUGCACCCCUGCAGGCUCAGGGCACCCUCCAUGCACCACAGACCUGCAUUUCCCUGGGGCUCCUAUCUGGAAUUUGUACUCAUUUGACAUGUGAGAAUGGAUCAGUAGAAGAGGAUCUUAUUGCUCUCCAAGCAUCUCAUGCUGCAGCUAAGCAAUCCCAGGUGAAGACUGAGGAACAGAUUGCAGCAGAGCAGGCCUGGUAUGAAUCAGAUAAAGUAUGGCUUGUCCACAAGGAUGGCUUUUCCCUGGCCACCGUGAUAAAGACAGAAACUGGCUCUCUGCCAGAGGGCAAGGUAAGAAUCAAAAUGGAGCAUGACGGGACUGUACUGGAUGUGGAUGAAGACGACAUUGAAAAGGCCAACCCUCCAUCAUACGACAGAUCAGAAGACCUAGCUUCACUACUCUAUUUGAAUGAAUCCAGUGUAAUGCACUGCCUGAGGCAACGCUAUGGAGGGAACCUCAUCCAUACCUAUGCUGGACCCAACAUGGUGGUCAUCAACCCUCUCAGCAUGCCCUCCAUGUACUCGGAGAAGGUGAUGAACAUGUUUAAAGGCUGCCGGCGUGAGGAUUCAGCUCCUCACAUUUACUCUGUGGCCCAGUCGGCCUACCGCAACCUGCUCACCACCCGACAGGAUCAGUCCAUUGUGCUGCUGGGCAGGUCUGGUAGCGGCAAAACCACCAACUGUCAGCAUCUUGUCCAGUACCUGGUCUGCAUUGCUGGCAGCACAGGAAAAAUCUUCUCUGCUGAGAAGUGGCAGGCAGUCUACACCAUACUGGAGGCCUUUGGGAACAGCUCUACCACCAUAAACACAAAUGCCAGCCACUUCUCUCAUGUUGUUUCCUUGGACUUCGACCAAGCUGGGCAGGUGGCCUCUGCCUCCAUCCAGACAAUGUUGUUGGAGAAACUGAGGGUGAGCAGACGACCUGAGGGGGAAUCCACCUUCAACGUUUUUUACUACAUGAUGGCUGGAGCCGACAGCAGUCUCAGGACGGAGCUGCACUUUAACCACCUGGCUGAGAACAGUGCUUUUGGGAUCCUGCCACAGACUAAGCCUGAAGACAAGCAGCGAUCCUUGCAGCAGUUCACCAAGCUGCAGGCAGCCAUGAAGGUGCUGGGCAUCUCCAGUGAAGAGCAGAAAGCCCUCUGGCUUAUCCUCGGUGCCAUUUACCACUUGGGGGCAGCGGGCGCGACUAAAGAUGGAGAUGAAGUGGGACGUCGGCAGUUUGCUCGUCAUGAAUGGGCUCAGAAAGCAGCCUACCUGUUGGGCUGCACCUUGGAGGAGCUAUCUUCAUCUAUUUUUAAGCAUCAGGCCAAAGGACUGCAGCAUUCUACCUCAUUCAGAGGACCACCAGAUGAGGCUAGCCAUGGUGAUGGCUUAGGCCCUAAAGUCACAGCUCUGGAGUGUUUGGAGGCCAUGGCAUCAGGACUUUACUCUGAGCUUUUCACACUUGUCAUCUCCCUUAUUAACAGGGCCCUGAAGUCUAGUCAGCACUCUCUGUGUUCUCUGCUGAUCGUUGACACUCCGGGUUUCCAGAACCCUCGGCUGGCUCAUCAGCAGAGGGGAGCCACUUUUGAAGAGCUCUGUCACAACUACACCCAGGAGAGGCUACAGACUCUGUUUCAUGAACGGACCUUUGUCAAGGAAUUGGAGAGAUACAAGGAGGAAAACAUAGAACUUGCUUUAGAUGACAUAGAGUCCAACACCUCACUGUCUGUAGCAGUUAUUGAUCAAGCCUCAACCCAAGCUCUGGUUCGUACUCUAGCCAGGACAGAUGAAGCUCGAGGCCUUCUGUGGCUCAUGGAGGAGGAGGCUGUUCAGCCAGGAGGUUCAGAGGAAACCAUGCUGGAGAGACUCUUCAGCUACUAUGGCUCUGCACAGGGAGAAAACAAAGGAGCUAAUCUACUUCUGCGAGGAGAGAAGCCCCACCUCUUCCUGCUGGGCCACAGCCAUGGGACCAAUUGGGUGGAGUAUAACACCCAAGGCUGGUUGAACCAUGCCAAGCACAACCCUGCUGCCCAGAAUGCUGCAACCCUGCUGCAGGACUCCCAGAAGAAGAACAUCAGCGCGCUGUUCAUGGGCCGGGCCAGUGGAGCCACCGUGUUGUCGGGCUCCAUCGCCGGUCUGGAGGGCAGCUCCCAGCUUGCCCUGCGGCGAGCCACUAGUAUGAGGAAAACCUUCACUACAGGUGUGGCUGCUGUCAAGAAGAAGAGUCUGUGUAUCCAAGUGAAACUCCAAGUGGAUGCUCUGAUUGACAUGGUGCGGCGUUCUAAGGUUCACUUCGUCCAUUGCCUACUGCCCAAAGUAGAGGCAGUAGGAGGAGGUGAUUACCGUAUGGCUCAUGGAGAGAGCCCUGACUCGGGUCUUAUGACUCUGGACGUGAGCCUCCUGAGAGCUCAGCUCCGAGGAUCCAAGCUGCUAGAUGCUCUGCGCAUCCACAGGCAAGGUUAUCCUGACCACAUGGUUUUCUCUGAGUUUCGAAGGCGCUUUGAUGUUCUGGCACCUCAUCUAACCAAGAAGUAUGGCCGCCACUACAUUGUCACAGAUGAGAAGAGGGCAGUGGAGGAGUUACUGGAGUCUUUGGAGCUGGAGAAGAGUAACUACCACAUGGGGCUAAGCAGGGUGUUCUUCAGAGCAGGGAUUCUGUCCAGACUGGAGGAGCAGCGAGAUUUCCAGACGAGGAGGAACAUUUCUCUCUUCCAGGCUGCUUGCAGGGGAUACUUAGCCAGACAGGCGUUCAAGAAGAGAAAGAUUCAGGAUCUGGCAAUCCGCUGCAUCCAGAAGAACAUAAAGAAGAAUCGUGGUGUCAAAGGCUGGCCAUGGUGGAAGCUGUUCACCACUGUCAGACCUCUGAUAGAGGUGCAGCUCACUGAGGAACAGAUCCGUGGCAAGGAUGAAGAGAUCCAGCAACUCAAGCAGAAGCUAGAGAAGGUAGAGAAAGAGAGGAAUGAGCUGAGACUCAACAGUGACCGUCUCGAGAGCCGGAUCACAGAGCUGUCAGCAGAGCUGGCUGAUGAGCGCAACACUGGGGAAUCUGCCUCCCAGUUGCUGGAGACAGAAACUUCUGAGAGACUGCGUCUGGAGAAGGACAUGAAGGACCUGCAGGCCAAAUUUGACAGCACGAAGAAAGAGAUGGAGUCUAUGGAGAUGGAGGUGAUGGAGGCUCGACUCAUCCGUGCUUCCGAACUCAGUGGAGAGGUGGAUGAUGAUGAGACAGGAGGAGAGUGGAAGCUGAAGUAUGAGCGAGCAAUCAGGGAGAUCGAGUUCACCAAGAAGAGACUGCAGCAGGAGCUUGAUGACAAACUGGAGGUGGAGCAGCAGAACAAGCGGCAGCUGGAGAGGAGGAUCAGUGACCUGGAGGCUGAUUAUGAGGAGUCUCAGCGAAAUAUCCAGCAGCUGAAGAAGAAAGCCCAGCGACUGACAGCCGAGCUGCAGGACACUAAACUUCACCUGGAGGGUCAGCAGAGUCGCAACCAUGAUUUGGAGAAGAAGCAGAGGAAGUUUGACAGUGAGCUGAGUGCAGCCCAGGAUGAGGUGCAGAGGGAGAGAAGCCUGAGGGAGAAACUGGCUCGAGAGAAAGACGUGCUGACCGGAGAGGUCUUCGGCCUCCGGCAGCAGCUGGAGGACAAAGACCUGGAAGCUUGUGCAGUCAACCUGAAGCUGGAGCAGCUGGAGGCCGAGCUGCAGGAUCUCAACUCCCAAGAAUCAAAGGAUGAGGCAUCACUGGCCAAGGUGAAGAAGCAGCUUCGUGACCUAGAGGCAAAGGUGAAAGACCAAGAAGAAGAACUUGAUGAGCAGGCUGGUACCAUCCAGAUGUUGGAGCAGGGUAAGCUACGUCUUGAGAUGGAGAUGGAGCGCUUGCGUCAAACCCAUUCCAAGGAGAUUGAGAGCAAAGAUGAGGAAGUGGAGGAGAUCAGGCAGUCAUGUAGCAAAAAGCUAAAACAAAUGGAAGUCCAGCUUGAAGAGGAGUAUGAUGAGAAGCAGAAGGUGCUGAAAGAGAAGAGAGAGCUGGAGUCGAACUUUCUGUCUGUACAGGACCAGGUGAGAGGUGGUGACAUAGAGGUUGAAAAGCGCUUGAGGAAGGACUUGAAGAGAACCAAGGCUUUGCUAGCAGAUGCCCAGAUCAUGUUGGACCACAUAAAGAAUAACGCACCCAGCAAGAGGGAGAUCGCCCAACUCAAGAAUCAGUUAGAGGAGUCGGAGUUCACCUGUGCAGCUGCAGUUAAAGCUAAAAAGUCCAUGGAGGUGGAGAUUGAAGACCUACAUGUUCAGAUGGAGGACAUUUCCAAAACGAAACAGGCGCUGGAGGAGCAGCUGAGUCGUCUGCAGAGAGAGAAGAAUGACCUGCAGUCAAGAAUGGAGGAGGACCAAGAGGACUUCAAUGAGCUGAUGAAGAAACACAAGGCUGCUGUGGCCCAGUCAGCUCAGAACCUGGCUCAGAUCAGUGACCUUCAAGCCCAGCUUGAGGACGCCCUAAAGGAGAAGCAGGAAAUUCAAGAGAAGAUGCAAGCCCUCCAGAGCCAGAUCGAGUUCCAGGAGCAGUCCAUGGUGGAGAAAUCCCUUGUCAGCCGGCAGGAAGCCAAGUGUCGUGAGCUUGAGACCAAGCUGGAGUUUGAGAAGACCCAAGUCAAACGCCUAGAGAGCCAUUUAGCUCGGCUUAAGGAGAACUUGGAGAAGCUGACGGAGGAACGAGAUCAGCGCAGCAGCAGUGAGAUUCGAGAGAAGGAACAAAACAAACGUCUCCAGAGACAGAUCCGUGACAUCAAAGAAGAAAUGGCUGAGCUGGCCAAAAAAGAAGCAGAGGCCAGCCGCAAGAAGCAUGAGCUGGAAAUGGACAUUGAGAGCUUGGAGGCUGCAAAUCAGAGCCUGCAGGCAGACCUUAAGUUGGCUUUCAAAAGGAUUGGUGACCUCCAGGCAGCCAUUGAGGAUGAGAUGGAGAGUGAUGACAACGAAGACCUUAUUAACAGUUUGCAAGACAUGGUAACAAAGUAUCAGAAACGAAAGAACAGAAUUCAAGGGGAUUCAAACACAGAUUCUGAGGUGGAGGAUCAUGUGGAAGGGGUGAAGUCAUGGCUGUCCAAGAACAAAGGUUCCACCAAAAAUCUCUCUGAUGACGGCAGUCUCAAAAGCUUCAGCCCGCCUAGCCAAAGACGCUACCUUUUCGAUAGAUCUGAUGAAGAGGAAGAAGAAGAAGAAAAAGAAGAAGGCGGGGCGUCCCUACACUAUCCUCGAUACAGAUACAACACCAGUGUGAAAGGUCGAGAUGGCGAGGACAAGCCUUACGAGACUGCAUCAUAGCCUUAUGAGACUGUGACAGCUGUGACAUUUUGUCUUGCAUGCAGAGAUCAGCACAUUUGUGGUCAUAUGGACACAACCACACACCCAAACACUCCUACCCCUGCAGGAGAACACAAACACUUAGAAUCAAUGCUUCCUGUGGCAGACCCUCACAGGACAUAAUUGAACAGAUACUAUGGUCUGUUUUUGACCGUGCACUUAUCAGUCUGACCUCACUGCACAAACAGCAGCUCCAUUAUUUACGGCUCGACUGUGCUCAUUGCAUGCAAGCAGCAGUUGCUUUGCUUGAACAGCCAUCUGGUAUAAAACUCAUCAUGGCUGCAACUGAGCCAAAGAACUUGAGCUUGCAAUAAUAAUGGAUCCUUUUUCUCUUUGUCUCUCUUCUGGAUUUACAUGUAAUAUACCACAGUAAUAUAUAUUGCCAUACUACAGUGUAUUGCCAAAAAAGCCUUUGUUCCAAGUAUGUGAGCACACUGCUUUUCUUAUUACCAGUCUUUUUCCUUCCUUCCUUCCUUCCCGUUUGGGAGAAGUGCCAUUUGAUUUAAGUGGGCUCCUCUACAGCUGGCUUCUCUGCAGCUGGGGUGCUUCAUGAACUGCUGCAUGGUACACUUAAGACGCUUUCAUUAUCAUCUGCUCGCUUUUUGUUUGCCUGAAUUCUCUUUUCUCUGCCUUUUACUGGCAAAUUAGUUCUUCCUUCCAGGAGAGCUAUAUCACUAUGAAACCCAAACAUUUUUCUCACGUUUAAUCUUUUAUUUCUAAUGUACGACAGAUGUGUUUUUCAGAGGAUUACUGUCGAGCACAUUCAUUUACUUUCAUCUUACUUCUGUGAAAUGGUUUGAGCCAUUUUGAUUUGAUUUGACAAAGCAUUUCCCAGGCUUUGUUAGUGAGGAAGACUCUAUGGCUUUCUCCUGUGUGUCAUGCUUACAUGCGCUCUUGUUUCCGUUAGUUUUGAGGUUGAUGUGUUUUCCUUUUUUUAAACGGAAUAGACUUUGGACAACAGUCAUUUGUUGGGUUCUUAUAAAAACUGAUCCUCAGCCAGCAUAUAAAAAAAGAAAAAGUCUAGUGUUAUGCUUUUUCUUAUCACCAAAUUACAUGGAAAGAUCAAAACUGACAAUGGUUUUGGAACAAAAUAUGAAGUGCAAAAGUUCGCACGUGCAGUAGUGACCUGAGGGUGGUAUUGAGGCUCCUCCCAACAGGUCCUUGACACUAAGCUAAGAGUGAAACCACUUAAUAGGUAGCUGCAGUUAUAAUCCACAACAGUCUAAGGCAGUUAAGAUUUCAAUGGCUUGUUCAAUUAAAUGAUAUAAAACUGUAUUUAUACAGCGCCAAUUCACAACAGCAGUCUCCUCAAAGCGCUUCAUAUUGUAAGGUGAAGAUCUUCUAAUAAUACAGAGAAACCCCAACAAUCAGAUGAUGAGCGAACACUUUGGC